CACGAGCCCCAUUGUCACUAUCUUCCUGGAAGGCCGAGGUCUGAGCAAAGUGCCUGUCCCGCUGUUGAUAGAGAGCACAGUCAACGAUGUUCUGUAGCCCAGGAGACUGAGACUCAUGGUAUGGGGUGUUUAUUCAAUCAUGCUUCACAAGUAUUGCCUGGUCUGUCUCACUAUUUUCGCCUGCUUUUCCUGCCUCUUCCUUGUGAGAGUGCAUGGUGCAAUAUUCGGCAGGGAUGAUGAAGGGCAACAGCAGCAGAUAUCUGAGGAACUCUUUGGCUCACUUGAAGAGCUUGCACGUAUUGUCGAUGUCUCGUACUGCGUUGGGACCACUGAAAUUCGGAAGCCAUUCAAGUGUCUCAGUCAUUGUAGCGAAUUCCAGGGCUUCGAACUGGUCACCACAUGGAAUACCGGCCCCUUCCUCUCCGAUUCCUGUGGCUACAUAGCCCUCUCCCACGAACCAUUCCCGAAGCGCAUCAUCGUUGCCUUUCGCGGUACUUACUCGAUCGCCAACACGAUCAUCGAUCUAUCCGCCUAUCCUCAGGCCUAUGUACCGUAUCAUCCCGAGGAUGGAAAAGUGUCCGACCAGUUACAAUGUCUGAACUGCACGGUCCAUGCAGGUUUUUUGGCCUCUUGGAGCAACACUCGCGCCAUAGUACUCGAGCACGUAGCUGCGGCAAGGGCCCGGUACCCGGAUUACAGCUUGAUUUUGGUCGGUCACUCGCUCGGUGGCGCGGUCGCCGCCCUCGCCGGGGUCGAAAUGCAACUGCGCGGGUGGGAUCCACAAGUGACCACUUUCGGAGAGCCAAGGAUCGGAAACAAGGCCUUUGUGGGAUUUCUGGAUCGAAUCUUCGAUCUAGAUGGCUUGGGAGCUGAUGCCCUGGAUCCAAGAUUUCGAAGAGUCACACAUGUCAACGAUCCGGUGCCCCUACUCCCAUUGCAGGAAUGGGGUUAUGAGAUGCAUGCGGGGGAGAUAUUUAUCGCUAAGGAGGAGCUCUCGCCUCUGCCCCAUGAUAUCAGACUGUGCCAGGGCGACAACGAUGCUCGAUGCAUUGCAGGAGCGGACGGACCUGUAGGGCUGAUGCUGAAGGAGUUGGAUGAUAUCGCUUGGACCAAGCAACAUCUAUCAAAACGAGUCCAAUCACCCCAUCAGGCCGUUUUGGCAGAUGUGGAUCCUCAUAGUAGUGCAGAUGCCGAUGUUGCGGAUCGUAACCAACUACAGACGCCAUUCAGCCUGCCUUGGCAUCUCAUCCCCUCCAGGUACCGACUGUGGGAGCUGUUCUUCGCACAUCGCGACUAUUUCUGGCGGCUUGGGCUUUGUGUACCAGGCGGUGAUCCAACUGGCAAGGUAUCUGACAUUCAGAACUAGGGCUUCAUGAUCACACAGGUCUGGUGGUUCACGAUAUACGACUGAAGCUAGGUGUUCGAGGAGUGAUACCCUUUUCCUUCCCCACUUGCUGCUUUCUUUAUCAGUGUGACUGUAAUCACUUGGAUAUGCUAUCUAGCGAGCUAAUAAAUUUUGCCUACCACUUUCGAACGAGAAUCCGUCUGAAGCUAGCCCGGCCGAAUCUUGCGACAUGACUUUCUAACGUAGAUGUACAGAGAUGCCGACUUGGGAAUGACUCUAGCUCCUUUUGGCUAGAAUCCCAUGCUAGGCUAUGGAGGCAUUCCCAACCAAGGCAAAAGACCUACUAUGUCACGCC